UUAAAGAGAGCAGACCGUCAGCACUGUUGACAGGAAACCCUUUUAAUCCGAUUCACUUUUGGGACAGGACCUCAUCCACUCUGCCCCUCCCUGACUUGCGUGUGUGAGGUUUUUGUAAGCUGAGAUGUGAUAUUGCAGUGCCACUAUCGGCUGCAGUGGGCUGUUUGCCAUAGAUAUUUCCGGAUCCUGUUUCCUUCAGCAGGGGGUCUUUCUGGAUGCACUUGCUCCUGCUCAAGGUGACAUGGGGAGUUCAGAGGCGUGAGUGGCAGCACGGAUCUGAAGUCGAGCUUCAGUUGGGGCUUGUUCAGAGGAGGUGUGAGAUGAAUCCAGGGUGGAGUGGGAUGUGAGGGCCUGACAGGCCCAGAGUCAAGUCACUCCUCUCUGGAAAAAACAAGCCAGGGGAUGGGCUCGGCCUCUCCUCAGGAGCCCGAGAAAGAUAUGGAGGGCUAUUACAACCUUUUGCAGGCAGGCUCGAAGCUGGAGAACACGCUGCAACAGGUCACGGUCCCUGUGAGUAUGCAGGAAGUGGCCGGCUACAUUGAGAAACAAGUGGCGUAUUUAUCAGGGGGAUGUGGUGAGGACUCUAGUGUCAUCAUCACUCUCCCAGAAUGCUCUGCUUUCAGCGACAUUCCUGAAGAAGCUCUGGCCAAAGUUCUUUCAUACCUCACACUGAUCCCGAGAACACGGCAACCUGGGGUAAAAUUUAUCAUCAUUUUAGACCGAAGAUUGGAUACAUGGGCCUCAAUCAAAACGGCAUUGGCAAGGAUUGCGGCGAUUGAGAGUUUUGCAGUUAUGGUUAAGGACAUUGCUCAGAUGCUGCAGGCGUUUGGAACAGAGCUGGCUGAGACACAGUUAUCAGAGGAGUGCAGUGCUAUUGAGUUUCUCCUGCUGUCCCACACAGAGAAAUACAGGAGACUUAAGGAUGCCAUCAGAUCUGUGAUGAGAGAGGGGCGGCAACUGCUCUCUAACCUGGAGACUUCAAGGAAGGAAGGGGAUGCCGACACGUGCUGGGACAUGACACAGGACUGGGAUACCAUGCAGAGGCUGCUGGCUCAGCUCACAGAUAUGGAGAUGGCGUUUGAUGGGUUCUUUGACAAGCACCACCUCAAACUGCAGCAAUAUUUGCAACUGCUGAGAUAUGAGCACAGUUUUCAGGAGAUGGAGUACUCUUUAGAGAAAUUAAGAGCACAGGAAAGGAAGAUAAGCAUCACAGGAGAAUCCCUGUCCCAAACAGACCAGAGUGUCAGAGAGCUGGACAGUCUGAAAAAACAUGCGCAGGAGGAGAUGAGUCGGGCUCAGGUUCUUAUCCUGCAUGGGCAUCAGCUGGCUGCUGGACUCCACUAUGCCAUGGCUCUGAUUAUCCAGCGCUGCAAUGAACUCAGACAUCAGUGUGACACCCUGACCUCUGCCCUCAAUACUAAACACAACUCCCUGAUACAAGCACAGACCCUACUGCACUGCCUCGAAGAGGCUCAGCGGUGGUGUGAUGAUGGCGCUUAUCUGUUGGCCAAUCAGCAGGUGGAUAAAUUCCAGUCUAAAGAGGGUGCACAGGCAGCUCUUCGAGGUAUCGAGAAGUUCCAGGAGGCGGCGCCACUACUCCUCGGUGCAGGCGAGGAUGUGCUCUUUCUGGAGUAUGAAUCUGUGCUCACUCCUUGUCUACAGGCUCAUAUAGAGAAGACAUUUCAGAAGCAUAGUUCUGUGCAGGCUCUGAUUCAGUCCAGACGGAACUGCCUGAGGAAACUGGCAAACAAGCAUGUCCGACCAAUCCAACUGGUGGCUCCUCGUCCAGAGAACCCACCACGUGCAAAAUCCCCCCUCUUCUCCCCCAAACAUGAUUUAAAUUCCAGUUUAAAGUUCACCUUUGACCUCCCACUGCCAGGCAAAAGAACAUCAAGGAAAAGCCCAAACUCCAGGAAGAUCGAGGUGAUUCAUGACUAUCAGACGGCCAGCUCUCUCCCAUACAGUAUAGAUGGAGAAGACGGCACUGAUCUGCUCAAACGACAUGUGAUGAAGGAGCUGAUCGAGACCGAGAGGAUCUAUGUGGAGGAGCUGCUGGCAGUGCUCCUGGGCUACAGGGCUGAAAUGGACAAUCCGUCUCUUGCUCCGCUCCUGCCAACAAGUCUUCGCAACAAGAGAGAUGUGCUGUUUGGAAACUUGCCUGAUAUCUACAACUUCCAUAGCAGUGUCUUCCUACAGGAUUUGGAAAGCUGUAUGGAGAGCCCUGAGGCAGUAGGGGCAUGCUUUCUGGAAAGGAAAGACCAUUUCCAUUUAUAUGAAUGUUACUGUCAGAACAAGCCUCGAUCUGAUUCCUUAUGGAGGCAGUUCUCGGACUGCCUGUUCUUUCAGGAGUGCCAAAAGAAGCUGGAACACAAACUUGCUCUUGACUCAUACCUGCUGAAACCAGUCCAGCGCCUUACAAAGUAUCAGCUCCUAUUAAAGGAGCUUCUGAAGUACAGCUCAGGGUGUGAGAGAGUUUCUGAGCUGCAGGGGGCGCUAGAGGCCAUGCUGGACUUGCUGAAGUCAGUCAAUGACUCAAUGCACCAGAUUGCCAUCACUGGAUAUGAGGGGGAUCUCAGCAAUCUGGGCCGCGUGCUAAUGCAAGGCUCCUUCAGCGUGUGGAUUAGUCAUAAGAAGGGUCCGACCCGCGUGAAGGAGCUGGCCCGCUUCAAGCCCAUGCAGAGACACCUGUUCCUGCAUGAGCACGCGCUCCUCUUCUGCAAGCGUCGAGAGGAACAUGGAGAGAACGCUGACAAAACUCCUUCCUACAGCUUCAAGCACUGUCUUAAGAUGAGUGCAGUCGGCAUUACGGAGAACGUCAAAGGAGAUGUGAAGAAGUUUGAAAUCUGGUACAGUGGCAGAGAGGAAGUCUAUGUGAUACAGUCACCCACAGUGGAAGUGAAGAUUGCUUGGCUGAACGAGAUCAGAAAGAUCCUGACCAACCAGCAGAAACAACUCAAAGAAGGGUUGUGUCACUCUGCUGCAGUCUCAGAGCAGAUGCAGAUGUCUCCUCCUCUCUCAGUGAGCAAACAGCAAAGAGCGUCAGUCAGCUCAGAGGGGACUGAGUCAAGCCACAGCAGUCCAGACCCGUUCAGUUGCUCAACCCAGCACCAGCACAACAGAUGCAGCUGGCCGGGCACACCUUAUUCUGUAGGUAUCUGUGAAGGUCUGGAGGACUGGAGUGGAGCAAACAGCCUCUCUAACCCGUCUGACACUGAGGAGGAGGAGGAGGCUGCCCGUUUGGUUGCUGGCAGAUACAGGGCCUUCGUCGAGUGGCGUAAAAAUGGGACAGAUAACUUCAUUAUUAAGUGUGGUGAUGUCAUACAACUACAGCAUGAGGAAAAUGAUGGCCAUUGGCUGGUGAAGAAUCUGAGUCGCAGACAGGAAGGCCGUAUCCCUACUGCCAAUCUGCAGGGCAUGCUGGGGGAAAGCCUGAAGAAUCACUCCAACCGGCUUGGAGACCCAGGGAAUCGUAAGGCGCGGAAGCUCAGCUCGCCGUGAAGGAAUGGCUCAGUGCUAUAUUGGACCUUUAACAUUCACACUUGGUAGCUCAGACUGUAUGUGACUACAUGGAUUCAGUCCUGACCAGCAGGAUUGUGUUCCAGAUGUUUUGUACUGAUCCUCUUUGACAGAUGCUACCAAAAUGCAAAAGACAAAUUGUUUUACAUCUUACAAGAGAUCUCCACCAUUUCAGAAAACCCAGAGAGCGCUUUUAAACAUCUGUCCUCUGCCUAAACACACUUCAGUUCUCCUGACUAGGUGAAGCCUAGAACAUUCUGACUCUGAGAUUGUCCCAGUAGACUUCAGAGUUGUUUUUAAUGAAUCAAGGCCCAUCAAAAGGCCCCUUCGUUGCUGUCUUCACGGUUAACUCCCAGAAGACCUAUGAAAACAUCCUGCUCGUAAAGGACCUGAAUUUUUUAACUGUUUGUGCUGUUAUUUAUCUUGUACUGUUACUGUUAUAUUUAUCCUCAAUCUGAGCUCUUCCUGAGAGCUUCAGUGCCAAAUCAUGCAGUGCCAUAAUGCCUGUUUUCCCACUUUUAUUUUACUUUGCUCAGUAGUGCACUAGUUACCUCAAAAAAUAUUUAAAAGCACU